GAGAGCGGCAUCCAGUUGUCGUUAGAUAACUUAAAUGUUAAUAAUACCGGUGGAUACGUUUCGAUACCCUUGCUGCUUUCCAUCAUCUGUUUAGUUGCCAUUUUAAUACGUUCGGCGGUUCUUGAAAGAUCCUCAAUCGUGAUCACAGGCGGCAUAAUGGAGUCCCCUGAAAAUGAGCUGCUGUACCUCAAAGAGAACCCUAAAGCUAUCUUUUUUACAGAUUUUGAUGGAACUAUUACUCUGAAAGACUGCAAUGACUAUCUGGUAGAUAACUUUGGGUUUGGGAUGGAAAUGCGACGGAAAUUGGAGAUGGAAGUCAUGAAAGGACAUAUGGCUUUCAGAGAUGCAUUCCACGCCAUGCUCCAGAGUGUACAGAUGCCGUUAGCGGAUUGUCUGCGAAUUGUACAGGAUAAUAUUCAGCUUGAUCCCCACUUCCUGGAUUUCUAUUAUUGGGCAAAAGGGUGUAAUAUCCCUAUAGUUGUCCUCUCCUCUGGGAUGACUCCUUUCAUAACCAUGUUGCUGGAGUCCGUUCUGGGCAGCAAUCCAGAAAAUAUAUUUGUUGUUGCCAAUGACGUUGAGCCUCACAGCUUCGGGAACAAGACGACUGGGAGUGGAUGGCGGAUUAAAUACCGUGACGACAGCGCCUUUGGCCAUGAUAAAUCACUCGAGAUCAAGCCGUACUUUGGGCUACCCAGCGGAAAUUGCCCUCUACUUUUUUACGCUGGAGAUGGUGUCUCGGAUUUAUCUGCCGCAUCGCAAACUCACGUUCUUUUUGCAAAGGAGGGUUUGGACCUAGUAGAUCAUUGCAAGGAAAGGGGAAUUCCGUUUAUCCCCUUCGACAACUGGAGCUCUAUCCUUGACACAAUGCAAGGUAUUUACGAAGGUCUGUCUAGGGCAGGAAUCACGGGUUAUUCCAACGUUGUAUAAUAAUCUAGGAGGCUCUGUGACCUGAUACACUGAAACACAAGGCGCUUAUGCCACUUUAUCUUCGAUCAAAGUCUCAUGUAUCUGCAGGAUAUGAAUUGAACUUCUGAUUAUAUUUUUUCUUCCGA